CACGCAGCCAUCUGACCGUGUGUUGUCAGAGAAGCAGCAGCUCAGCAUCUCAGCCACAAGUGGACCUCCUGAACCGCCCGGCGCUGCGACCUCAGUACGGCUCUCUGAAACAUGAACAGGCCGCCGAGGCUGCUCCUGUAACCGACGCCAGCUCCAACGUCCCCCCGGUGGAUUAAACCUGUCGCCUCCGUAACGCUGGAUACUUUUCAAGGUGUCACAGUGUCCACCUGCGGUAUCGCUUGUUUUAGGCCUCAAGCGAUGCCUCGGUCCACAGUUGAGCUGUGAACCCGCCAAAACAUUACCUCCACCCGGCGGCGCGUCGCCGAGGGAGCCGCAGCGGAGCUACGGAGAGAGAGAGAGAGAGAGAGAGAGCGCAGAGGUUCCCCUCCUGUGUGAAAGGGCUCCUCUACAGAAAUGCACCCACCACCUCGACAGGACUAUGUAUCCCUGAGCCUUGCUGGACAAGGAGGUGGAGGUUACAACAACAGUAAGCAGUGGAGGAGACAGUCCUGCUGGAGGAAAUGGAAGCAGCUGUCCAGGCUGCAGCGGAGCCUCAUCCUCUUCAUCCUUGUCCUUAUGUUUAUCUGUGGGAUGGCCACCUAUCCUACCGUCACUGAACACCUCAGAGGCCUUCCAGAUGCGGAGCACGACAUUGACAGUAACAGCGUCCUGAGGCCUGCCAUCCCUCAUGUGCUGCCUGAGCCUGUCAAACAGGGCCGCCCACCACUGCCAGAACAACCUUCCCAGAGGAAAUUAUCCAAUAAGAGAGGACCACCCGUCCUCCAGAAUCGCCUUCAGAGGAAAGGAAACACUUCAGAUACAGUGGUGGUGGACAAGGCGGCUGACAGCAAGAAAGAAGGGGAGGAGGAGCCAAUUAUCAGCUGGCGUGGAGCAGUGAUCGACACUGAACAGGUCACAGAGGGCACCAAGGAUGGGGAAAAGGAGGAUUCACCUACCAACCAAGAAGCCAUAAUAUCCAAAGAGUCAGAAACUAGCCGGCUGGAGACGGUGCGGGAAUCUUUCAGACAUGCAUGGAAGGGCUAUAAAGAUUUUGCCUGGGGCCAUGAUGAGCUUAGGCCCAUCUCCAAGUCCUACGGCGAGUGGUUUGGCCUUGGUUUGACGCUUAUUGAUGCCCUGGAUACCAUGUGGAUCCUGGGGCUUAAAGAAGAAUUUGAAGAAGCAAGGACGUGGGUGGCCACAGAGCUGACCUUCAACAAGAAUGUGGAUGUCAACCUGUUUGAGAGCACCAUUCGCAUCUUGGGAGGUCUGCUGAGCACCUACCAUCUAACUGGAGACACCCUGUUCUUAGACAAAGCUAAAGACAUCGGCUCCAGGCUGAUGCCUGCCUUCAACACCCCGUCCAAGAUCCCCUACUCUGAUGUGAACAUCGGGAAAGGUACAGCCCACCCCCCUCGCUGGACCUCAGACAGCACAGUGGCUGAGGUUACAAGCAUCCAGCUGGAGUUCAGAGAGCUCAGCCGCCUCACCCAGGAUCCCCAGUACGAGGCUGCGGUGGCCGAGGUUAUGAAUCAGGUCCACAAGCUGGACGGCAAGCUGGACGGUCUCGUUCCCAUGUUCAUCAACACAAACAAUGGACAGUUCACCCAUCAAGGCAUCUACACACUUGGAGCCAGAGCAGACAGCUACUAUGAAUACCUCCUGAAGCAGUGGAUCCAGGGAGGCAAGAAGGACAACCAGCUCUUGGAGGACUAUCUGCAAGCUAUCGAAGGUAUUAAGAAGAACAUGUUGCAGAAGUCUUCUCCUAAUGGCCUUACUUUUGUAGGAGAGGUCUCACACGGACAGUUCAGCACUAAAAUGGACCAUCUAGUGUGUUUCCUGCCAGGCACUCUGGCCCUUGGUGCUCACAACGGCCUGCCUGCUGAUCAUAUGGAUCUGGCUAAAGAGCUGAUGGAGACCUGCUACCAGAUGUACGCGCAGAUGGAGACGGGCCUCAGUCCAGAGAUUGUCCACUUCAAUAUGCAUCAGGGCAGCAUCCGAGACAUUGAUGUGAAACUUGCUGAUAGACACAACCUCCUGCGACCAGAGACCGUGGAGAGUCUCUUCUACCUUUACAGGUUUACCAAGGACCUCAAGUACCAGCAGUGGGGCUGGGAGAUUCUUAAAAACUUUAACAAGUACACUAAGGUUUCCUCUGGUGGCUAUACCUCCAUCAAUAAUGUGCGCGACCCAGACUACCCGAGUCCUCAAGACAAGAUGGAGAGCUUCUUCCUCGGAGAGACCCUGAAAUAUCUGUACCUGCUCUUCUCAGAUGACCCCGACCUCAUCAGCUUAGACCAGUAUGUCUUCAACACUGAAGCUCAUCCUCUGCCUAUUUGGCCUUCCACUGCGUGACCCACACAGAGAAGAACUCAAAUGACUGGUAUAAACACAACAAAUUAUCUCAGGGUUGGUCAAACACCAAGAUGAUAGCUACAUCCCUUCUGUCUCAGUGAGUGACCUCUGCCAAAACCACCCUGAACACAGAUGGAAAAAGCCUCUUUUCUAAUUGGAUCUAUUGUUUGCUAUGUGCUAACAGUCUUGGUGAAAUAACAGGAGCCUGGUCCAGUGUGUAGCUUAUUUAUAAAAAAAAAUCUUUAGGAUUUCUGUUAGUGACAGAGUGUUUUCUGUAGGAGAGGAGGAAGGUUUCUGUUCUCUCUCUCUCAGAUAACGUCAGCACUGGUCGUGAGUGUGACUUGAACUGAAGCCUUCUUGUUAUGGGGGAAGGUGGAGUGUCAGGUUGGACUGAUACAGAUGUUUGAAUUGAUAUUUUCCGAUUGUCAAGAAUGUUCAAUUUCUAACAAAAAUCACCAUUUUUAUUCCAGAGAAAAUCCUCCAACACGUUCAUGUCUUAAUUUGUAGCCCUGCAUUGUAUUAUUACAAUGGAGAUGUUUCUGAAACAGAAUGUAAUCCAUUGUGACACAAAGCCAGUGUCUGGUGGUCUUACCUCAGUGCGAGGUGUGAAAGCAGCUAAAAGGUUCCCUGACAGCAGCCGCCAGCUGUGGGAACUGAAACCAACCGCUGCCUGCUGCACCGAGAACCUGACUGCUCUGCCCACAUGUUUGCACAUGGGUGCCAGCCUUGCAGGGAUCUGAGGAACAAGCUAAUUCCUCAUCACACUGUAUAUAGUCUUCAAGUGCUCUGGCUAGAACGAUUCUUCCUGAACAGGGCAGAGCGUGCCAACAGGCUGUUAACACAUUUAUACCUGCAUUAAAAUGUGAUUAUCAUCAGAUUGUCCAAAUCACCUCCAGAGGUCAAGGACGUAUUGGGAUUGAACAUUGAACACAAGUAUAAUCAAACCAGUGAAGUAGCAGCUACACAGCUAGCAGCCAUUAGCCAGUAAACACAGGAAGCAGUCCUCACAUUACUCAAGGCACCUGUGGAUGGAGAGAAGACGAGAUCGAAAAGCAAGACAACACAAUUACGGCUUCACUGAUGGCUGCCAUCUUCUUCUUCUUCUUCUCCUCUUUCUGGUUUUUUCAUGGAUCUGUUCAUACAAGAGGAUUGUGAGCUGAACAGAGCGAUCAGACACCCAUCAAUACAAGCUGAAAAUCAGGUUAAAAUCAUACCUACAUAUAAUCGUGAUACAAGACACAUUUUAAUGCCAGGUGUAAAAGGAGUCUGUGUGUCUGCUGUUCCGUGCUGCAUUCAUGUCAUACAGGAUAUGGUGGGAUUUUACAGCACAAAAAUCCCACUCACUAACCUCAGGUCAAGAAGACGUUGCUUGGAAAGUGCUAAUUGAUUAAUGGAUUACUCGGACCAGUCAUGGGCAGCUACAAACGUUUACUGUAGGGUUAUGGGCAUAUGAUUUAGUAAAAUAUCCGUUUGUCAUUUGGAAACAGCAUGUAUGAAACGUCAAAGUAUUCAUGACUCUGUUCAAAAGUAGAUAUACAAACCAAAAUGAGUUUUUAUCCCCCGGCCACCCAAAAUGUGUCUUCAUGACCUAUACAAAAACCAUGUAGCAGCUUUUCCUCCCACAUGACAUGAAUGCAGCAUUCUUCUCUGCAUGGGACACAGACAAACGUAUUCCAGCUGUUGCCAGGCAGCAGAUCUACUUCUGAACUGUGAAGCUUUUGUUUUAUGAGCGUAGUCGUGGGUUCUGAGCAUUGAUUUGUUUAUUUCUUUGUGGGUUUUUUUAAUGUGUCUCGAGCAGUUGCUCUUCUCGCUGAAUGUUCCAUUUCAUUCUUUUGUCAUUUUCCUCUGUAAGGCUUUAGUAUUUGUGUUUCUGACCCGUUAGAUUUUAAAUAUAAAUUUAGCAUAAUAUAUUGAUUUCUAGUGUAUAUUUAAAGUUGUAAUUGCAGCUAUCUAAAUACAGUGAGCUGGGAUUGUGAGUGUUUUGUUCAGUUUUUGUUGUAGUGGCCACAGCAGUUUGCAGUCCUUCCUACCAAUUCCACUAGUUUACAUCAUAGCUCCACUUGUAGUUGUUACUUUUAAAAACUUUGAAUUGAGACCAAACUCAUUUUGUUUAUUCUGUUAUUUUCCUCACGUGUGCCUUUAAUGUUGCUUCAGACAACAUUCAAAAGACCAACUGUUAGCUGUCUGUGAACGUGCAUUUCUAUUCAUCCCAGCUAUUUUUUACUUGUUGCUGACUUACAACAGUGUGUGGUCAUUGCGAUUGGGGAUCAUUUUUACAGUAGGAUUGAGGAUUGAUAUUUUUCCCUGAAAUCAAUCAUUAGGUUUACAUGAUGCUGAUCUCUCCCAGUGUGUAUUUAAACCCUAUUGACAAGGGCUCUGCGUGAUCCCUCCCUGGAUGUGUUUCAGCAUAAAACCUGAGCCAAAGACAUGCUGGAGAUAUCGUCACCCCCGGCGUUUGGUUUUGUUCUUAUCGAUGAAAAGCCAUUUUCUCCAAAGCCACAUCUUUCAGGAAAAACUAACAAAGGAGAUAUUUUCAGUGCUUUUGAUAACAGUGUCACUGGUGUGGCUUUUGAAGACUGAUGCCACUAUUUUUAGACUAAAGUCACUGACGACUGAUAUAUUAUAUCUAUAUUAGUUGUGGCCACCAAACAGACUGCUUUUAACAGCAGGCUACACACGCCACAGCUGUACAGUUGUUAGACUUGUCAAGUAUUCAUCAGUUUCUCAUUAUUAGAUCAUUUACAGUGGUAUCACCACAAAGCACAUUAAAGUGUAUUUUACCAGAGUGGGAAGAUUAAAAGCUAAUUUAAAGCAUCAUAUAAAGUACAAGAACAGGACAGCUCUGAGGCAGGUUUUACAAGAGUUGUUGGUACAGUUGGAGUUAGGAGGCCCAAAUACUCACUGUGUGCACAUACACUCAAUGUUUUGUCAUAUGUAUAAACAAUCUCUGGUUAUAGAGUGAGGUCGAUAUGAUUGGUAAAUACUCUCAUAGACAAACACGAUGAAUGUGUAAUUGCAGAAAUUGUCUGAGUUACACAUGUUGCAGACCCACAUGUUCACAUUAUGUCAGACUUACUGUAAAUAGAAGCCCGUGGACCUAACUGUAUUCGUCACAGACACUUUCUGCCCCAGUUUACCUGCAGGCUUGAAAGACGACUACACGUUUGUAGGUUCGGUCAUCACAGAGCGACUGCUACUUUUAUUCAUUUCACAACAGAGGUUCUAGUUUGUCUUUUUUAUAUACAGUCUAUGAGUUUAUCCAAAAUAGCCAAAACAUGACUAAAUACAUAUCUGCUGGCAGAGGUUCGAAGAUGCUCCACGCUGACUACACCCGUUUUCAUUGUUUGAAAAGUAGCAAUUGGAAUCCAUUUAUUCCAAGACCUCCUCACGGUCACUGUCCCCUGAGUGUUGUGUGUCCUCUGUCUGUCUGAAGUGUGACCUCUGCCAAUGCUGUGAGAUGGGAUCUUACAUAGAAAUGUGGAAAACGUGGAAGAGCUUUGUUCUGACGGAGGGGCGGCAGUAUUGGUUGUUUUUCUUCCAUUUCAAACCUUACACAAUGUAUUGUUGAUGUCACUUGGUGUAAAAUAAAAGCUGGAUCUGCAUUAAUUCUGUGCAAAAAAAAUGAAAAUUAAAAAGAUUUUAUUGAACAGAAA